AUGGAAAUUGAUGCUGAAUCAGUUGAUUCAAAUGGUAUCUAUGGUUCAUUUGAUUUAACGAUAAUGAUUAAAAAUAAUGAUCCAUCCGAAAUAUUUGAACAAAACGCGUACUAUUUCGAAAUGGAUAAACAACUGAAAAUACCAAUUGUUGUUGGGUUAUUGAAGCUUGCGAGUGAUCUUAAUACUGAAUCUUUAGAAUUCGCUUUUUUUUCAUUGGAACCGUCGACAAGUGAUGCUUUACGAUUGGUGAGCUUAGGUUGUGUUCAUAGCUGUUCGAAAUUUCCACGACAAUUUAUAUUAAUCGUGCAAGCCUACCAUCGUGACUCAUCGAAGGUUGCCAACAUUCCUGUAACGAUUCACUUAAACGAAACCUUAAAAGCUCCGCCGAAAUUCCGCAAAGCUGUGGUACCAAUCGGUUUGAAAGAGAGAUUGACAAGCGACUACCAUUUAAUUUUAGAAGUUGAUGAUCAAGGCAGUGAUCAGCUGAUUUUUUCGCUCAACGAUUAUGAUUCUGUGUUUCAAAUUGAUGCCAAUUAUGGUGUUCUAACAAUUAGAAAUAGUGAUUUAUUGACGAUUGACAAUUUGGGAGAACACUUUAACUUAACUGUUACCGUUUCUGACGAUGAAAAUAAAAGUGAUACUGCUAUUAUUAUGGUAUCGCUAGAGCCGAUAAUCAGCCAUAAAUCUACUGCUCCAAAAUUCUCACAGAGCAUAUAUGCUUUCGCAGCAAGUCCGGGCGAAACUUUCGUUGGAAAAGUUAGAGCGGAAACUAUUGAUAGUGAUUUGACUUAUAGAUUAUCUGAAGGUGGUGCAAAUGUUUUUUAUAUCAAUUCAACUGAUGGUCGAAUUUUUUACAAAGGGCCUUUAGAGAAAAAUGCUCGAAAUUAUACCCUAAGGAUUUUGGCUUUAGAUAAAUCUUCUCCACCUCAAGUUGAUGUCACAGUCGUGCAAGUUCUUAUUGCUGGCUUAGGCAGCUCUCCACCGAAGUUUAAAUCACCUUUGGCUAAUUCUGUGAUGAUUAAAAAAGAUACUGGAUUAGGAGCACUAAUUCAUCGAUUUAAUGCUACCGAUGACGAUCCGAAUGCUCAACUGAUAUAUAUGAUCCAUAAAAUUCAGGCAUAUGAUCAGUUGGGAAACGAGAUAAUUGAUUCAUCUGAAUAUUUUGAAUAUUUUCGUUUUCCGAAACAAAGUGUGAACGAUGGAUCAUUAUUUUUGAGCAAAAGUUUUAAAAAUUCAAAUAUUAUGGCCCUUGAUCUUACAGUUACCGUCUCAGAUGCAAGACAUCCUAAUGAACCAGAUGACCAUGGAAAACUCUUCAUCCAUCUCGUUCUACCCGAGCAAAAUUUGUCUGAGAAUGAGAUGCUAAAAUUUGAUCAAAUAAGACGAACGGUCUCAGUUGCUGAAGAUUUAGCAGUUGGGUCUUACAUUUAUACAGUGAACGUUAAACCACUUCCGAUACAUUUAGCGAAAAAUCGACGAAUAGUAUAUUCUUUAUCUGAAGGACAUCGCCUGUUCACUGUGCAUCCUAUUACAGGGGUAAUAACAACUAUAUCGAGCCUUCGAGGAACUGGUAACUCCACUGUUACCAUAACUGCAAACCAGCAAAAUACUCAAGCAAGUUCGUCAGUUUCAAUAAUGGUUGCUGCGAUUCCAUUGAUAAGUAGAAGUGCACCGAAAUUCGCUAUUGAUAGCCUUGUAUACAAUAUUUAUGAGAACAUUCCGAUAGGUAGUGCAAUUGGCGAACAACUCGUACCAGUCACUGGAGGUAAUGUAUCCUACAAAAUUAUGGGACGGGACAGUUCCCAUUUUAAGCUGGACGAUGAGGGAAUAUUAAGAAGUGCUAUGGUGUUUGAUCGUGAAAGCAAUCCUCAUCUUGGUGCGUUUAUAUACGUCACAUCGAAUCUUUCCGGACAACAUUCAGUUAUUCCGAUAACUGUCAAUCUAUUGGACCAAAACGAUGUUGAACCACUAUUUCCUCAAAAAUCGUAUGCCGCAACAGUUAUGGAAAAUAUUCCAAUAAAUUCAUUUAUUAUCAAAGCUGAAGCUGAAGAUGCUGACAAUUCUUCAUUGCUUGAAUAUUCAUUGAUGAUGAACAGUGAAUCUUCAGCUUUAUCCUCACUAUUAACAGUAGACCGUAAUGGCGUUAUCCGAAAUGCGGAACCAUUGCUCGGACUCGACGGAAAGUAUCAAUUUGCAAUUAUUGCUCGGGACGGCUAUCACAGUGGAACAUCAGCAACUAUUUUUAUGACUAUUUUACCGACUUCUAAAUGUCAACCGAGUUUUUCUGAACCAACCGAAAAUAUAUUUUAUUUAAAAGAAAAUGAAGAACCACCGAAAGAACUAGCUCACUUUAUCGGUUCAGUUUCUAGUGAAGACUGUCAUCUUAUUUAUGCAAUAUGGGAUGGCUUUCAAUACGUCAAUAGUACUGAAUUUUUCGAAAUUGAUCCUGAAACUGGCAUUCUUACUUCGAAAGUUGCAUUUGAUUAUGAAGAAAAGAAUAAAUACUCGCUAAUCGUCGCAGCACAGAGUAAUGAUUUAUUUUCGCAAAUACUCAUCGAGAUUCGGAUUAUCGACAUCGACGAUAAUUCGAUUGAAAUGCUAAAUCGAGAAUUAUAUUUAAAUAUACGAGAAGAUGAAGCAUUAGGAAGGAUAAUCACUGAAAUACAAGCUGUCGACGAAGAUACCAGCGAUAAAAUCUAUUACCACAUGACAGGUGGCGACGGCAAAUUCACCAUUGGAUUGGAAAGUGGAGUCUUGACCUUGGCAAAACCACUUGAUAGGGAAGAGAAGGAAUCAUACGUGUUGAAUGUCAUUGCAUCAAAUUUUGAAAAUUAUUCUACACAAGAUUCAAAAAGCGAUUUCGCCACCAUUUAUAUAAACUAUCAAAAUUAUAUGAACUGUGAGGCUUUAUCACGUAUAUCACAAAUAUUUUCAUCUCAAACCACACUUUUCUAUGUAUUUUUAUGUAUUUUAAUUAAUGAUAAUGGCCCUAUUUUCGAGAAAGAUAUCUAUAUGAGUGCAAUAUCUUCUCACUUGCUAGCUGGGGCAAAAAUUAUGACAGUUAGUGCAUCAGAUCCGGAUGUAACAACCAAUUCUUCACCAGAUUUGAGUAAGGAAAACGUGAAGAGUAGGAUUGUCUAUCGUAUUGACAAUACAUAUUAUCGUUAUAUGGGUAAGGUGAGGCAAGCAGAUGGAUUCAUCAUCAUCAAUGAAAAUUCCGGUGAAAUUAUUCUCGGCAAAUCUCCAAAGGAAUUCACUGGUGGACUUUUUGAAGGUCGUAUUGCAACAUCUGAUAUUUCUGACAUACAAUCGCAUAUAUCAACCUCAAAAAUUAAGGCAAUUUUUUUAAUAAGGAAAAAUGAAAUUUGGAUUUAUGAUGAGAGCAAUAUUGUACAAGUUUAUAUUAAUGAAAAUCCUAAGAAUCUGGAUGUCGCUCAGUUAGAGGAGUUGAUGAGGCAACUGUCCGAGCUUUGCGCAUGUAGAAUUCUGCCUAUUGACGCCAAAUAUGUCAAAACGGAUGGAUAUGUGCAACGUGACGCACUUUGGUUACAACUCAUUUUUAUCAAUACAACCACAGAUGUGAUUCUUCUAGCUGAAAAUGCAAUAUCGCUUAUUGAUAAGAAUAUACUUACACCCACUUCAUCCAUACCAAAACUCAGCUCUCUGGAAAAUUCAGCGAAGAUAAUCAAAGAAUCAACUCUACCAACAUCCAGGUUUAGAGAAACUGCACUGCUUCUCUUGGUCUUUGCUUCAAUUCUGAUUACUGUGCUGAUCAUCUUCGGAUUCAUUCUUUCAUAUCACCGUUCAAAAUUUCUACGUGAGAAAAAAGCGUAUGAAGAAGAAAAAAUAGCGCUGGGUACAUUGAAUAAAAUCAACCGAUUCAAGCAGCCAUCUUCCUAUAUUAAACCAAGAUCGCAUAAUUUGAGGUGGUUUUAUCGAAUUUGCAUGAAAUUAGAAUCGUCGCUAAAGGAAUUAUUUUUCUUCACAGAGGGCGAAGCACUAGGAAAAGCUUGGACUAGGGCAGCUUCCACUUGCAGAGAGAAGUAUCCGAAUUCUAAUAGCAGUUCAAUUUAUGGAGUUCAAGAAGUUCAUAUGAUCGUUGAUGCUUCAGAUAUGCCAUCAAAGAAGCGUGCCUGCUAA